UAACCUCUCCUCUCCAUCUCCAUCCUCAACUUUGGCCCUUCUCCUACCAUCACCAUCACCAUCACCGGCACGAUGAUCAACACCUACCACACCAGUAUGCCGCUUCCACCGCUACCUCCACCACCACCGGUACCGCCUCGGAUGGCGGGCCACAGCAGCAGGCCUGAAGCUCGUAAGAGCCAUCACCACCACCACUCCACGCUGCUGUGGCUGGUGUCUGUGGUGCUGGUGCUCCACGUUCUGCUGUCGUGCGUUGGAUUUAUCUACCUGUUUGACAGGGGACACCAGGCCAGUCUUCAGCAAGGAGAGUUUCAUGAAAAAUACUUUGAUGACUUCCUCAUCUUAAAGAGGCUAAAGAAAUGUGACGAUAACACGUUGGAUGAUCAGUCACUCCUCGACUGUAAACAACUUCUCGACACAUUCAGGAAUGUCAUGGCAAAGGUAAGUCAAUUUCAUGCAUCUCAAACAGAAGGGCGAGUUGCCAUGUUGACGGCUGACCAAUUCCAUGGGGCGCUGGCACACAUGGAAGUGUCAAACACACACGGAAAGACAUGUAAAGGAGGACCUAACAAGAACACUUGCGCUCUGGAAUGGAAUGACGACCACUCCAUCAGAGCUCACGUGGAAACGGGUGGGGACAGUAGGCUCACCAUCCAGCACCCAGGCUUCUACUACAUCUACUCUCAAGUCACUUUCUCCAGUGGAAACAACAAGGAGGUACUGAGGAACACCAUUAGACGCAUACAGAAGAAGGAGAGUACCAGCAAAUACACCCCACCGGAAGAAAAGGACGAAAUCCUGGUCAGUUCCUACUGUUUGCUAAAGACCAUGCCCGGCAUGCCCGGCAUGUGCACGGCCUCCACGGGUGGGGUGUUCAAGCUGGAGAAAGAUGAAGAGCUGUACGUGAGUGUCAACAAUCUCACAUGGGUCAACUAUGACUCGAAGGCCACUUUUUUUGGAUUAUACAAACUUUGAGGAAAAAUGACGGCUCGAGCCACGAGACUGCUCAAGCUCAAA